CCAUCAUUAGGUGGACCUUUAAUUUGAGAUUCCUGCUGAUUUUAGCCCUGUAAGGCUUGCCGAUUACAAGAAAAGACUUAUUUAUGUUAUAUUCAAUGUCGUCGGUGCUAUGGAUUCUAUGGAUUACCAAUAAAACUUGAGACUUCAUUGUUUGAUUUGAUGAAAGGGACGAAAGCAUGGGCACUUUCGACAUCUUUUAUGCCAUCCCUAGAUCACUGCAUCAGAUCAUCUCCAGCCGUCAACUCUUUUAUCUGGUUGUUGUGUUCUUCGGCCUGGUCACCGCCCUGGUCAUCUUGACCACAGACCUGCAUCCCUUCAACCUGUUGUCUCACCUGAAGGUCAGCCCAGUCUCAGACUUCUCUCAUCUGGCGCCACUGCCUACCGUCCCACCUGACAAGUCACAUCUGUUUGAACAAGCUCUUUCGGAUAAAGAUCUUGCAAUGAUCACAGAUUUGUUGUCAAACUUUGACAGACUGAUGAAAGAUUCCUCUAUAACAUACUUCCUAUAUAAGGGUUCACUACUUGGCUCCUACAGACAUCACAGUAUAAUCCGCUGGGAUGACGACCUUGACUUUUUUGUGUCCAUCACUGAUAAGAAAAGACUGAAACAAGUCUUUAGGAACCAAACACUGUAUAAGAUAGAUGCCUCAACUGACAGGCAUAAAGUGUACCACAAGGACGGGAGACCCAUUAAAGACGUCAGAUGGAAAUCCCCGUUUCUAGAUAUCAGUUUCUACAACGAGACCAACACAACAAUAUGGGACGUAACUCUACCCUCCCAGCUGCCAUACCCAAAAAGCAUUAUCUUCCCAUUAACAGAGCGCCCUCUACUCGGUGGCCUGUACCCCUCACCCAAGGACCCUCUGAGAGUUCUACAAGCCAACUACAACAUCGACAACUGCUACACUGGGAACUACAACCACACGGGGGAGGUGCGACGCAACGAGAGCAGCAUUGCCACCGUUCCGUGUUCGGCGCUCAUCGGGACGGUGCCGUUUGUUCAGCACGUCCGGGGGCCGGGAGGGGCGUGGUGCGAGGAGCUCUUGACUUUCAGAGGAAAGAUUCUCAGUAAAUUUGUGAGGGAGGCUAAGGAUAUCCCAUCUUGUUAAAUCUGCUUGCACCGAAAGAAAACCCUAUUAACUUUAGGAGAGUGUGAGAGAUAUUUCAUAAUUUUAAAUCUGACGGAAACGAAGGUAUUCUCGUUACGUUUAGGGGAGUGUGAAAGAUAUUUCAUCACGUUAAGUAGGAGU